AUGGAAGACCUGGAGGAAGAGUUCUUCGUGUCUUUUGUUUAUGGUUUUAAUCUUGUGGCUGAUAGAAAGCCUCUAUGGGAGGAUCUGAAAAAUCACCACGACUCGCCUAUAUUUUCAAAUAAACCAUGGAUGAGCUAUGGCGAUUUUAAUGAAAUUCUGAAGGCGGAGGAACACUCUUGUUAUGAUACAGGUCCAUCCAUACCGGUGGGGAUGAGGGAUUUUCAAGAAGUAGUUUCUUAUUGUUCCUUGAGUGAUAUGCAAUCUCAUGGGCCAUUUUUUACUUGGUGCAAUAAACGAGAUGAUGCUGCACUUAUCUGUAAGAAACUUGAUCGUGUUCUAGUCAACGACUCAUGGCUUACUGAAUUUGCGCAGUCUUACAGUGUUUUUGAGGCUGGGGGAUGUUCUGACCAUCUCCGGUGUAGGAUUCAGAUUGGUGUGGAGAAGCAACACACGAGAAAACCAUUUAAGUUUACAAACGCUUUGGUUUCUGAUGCGAAUUUUCUGCCACUGGUUCAGGCUCACUGGGACAUCACAGAGCCUCUGUUUCAUUCUACUACAGCAACAUACCGUUUUUCCAAAAAACUGAAAACUCUAAAGCCGGCAAUCAAAAAUCUGAGUAAGAGUCGCCUUAGAGAUCUAUCCAAGCAAACCAAAGCAGCCUUUGAUCGUUUAUGUAAACUACAACUUGAGGUUUUUCUGAAUCCCGUGGGUUUGGCAAUGAGGACUGAAUCGGUUGCUUAUCAUAAAUGGAUGCACCUUUCGGGCUUAGAGGAACGUUUUUUGAAGCAACGUUCUAAGUUACAUUGGUUGAAGGUGGGGGAUGGCAACAAUAAGGUGUUUCAUAGGGCUGUAAAAAUUAGACAAGCGAGAAAUGCGAUGAAGGAGAUACUCCGCCUUGAUGGUGUAAUAGUUGAUUCUCAGGAAGAGAUGAAGGCGGAAGCAGAGCGAUAUUUUCAUGAGUUUCUUACACAUAAACCAUCCUAUUUUACAGGCUCACUGGGACAUCACAGAGCCUCUGUUUCAUUCCACUACAGCAACAUACCGUUUUUCCAAAAAACUGAAAACUCUAAAGCCGGCAAUCAAAAAUCUGAGUAA